CUCGUCGUGCCCAACGUCCCGCUCGCCGCCUGAAUUUACGAUCCAGCAAGGUCCACCACCGGCCCCCUCAAGACUCAUCAAAAUGGCCGCCACGACUUUGCCAAAAGACAUCUCCAAGCUCGACCAGGAGGUCAAGCUUUUCGGGAAGUGGGACACCCAGGAUGUUGAGGUCAAGGAUAUCUCCUUGACGGAUUACAUCCAGACGCGCCAUGCUGUCUACCUUCCCCACACGGCCGGCCGCUACCAGAAGAAGCAGUUCAAGAAGGCGCAGAUGCCGAUCGUUGAGCGCCUCGUUGACAGCUUGAUGAUGAAGGGCCGCAACAACGGCAAGAAGCUCAUGACCGUCCGGAUCGUCGCGCACGCAUUCGAGAUCAUCCACCUCCUCACCGACCAGAACCCGAUACAGGUUCUCGUUGACGCCAUUGUCAACACUGGUCCCCGUGAAGACUCCACCCGUAUCGGCUCGCAGGGUACCGUCCGUCGCCAGGCCGUCGAUGUCUCCCCCCUCCGCAGAGUAAACCAGGCGAUCUCGCUCCUCACGAUCGGCACGCGCGAGUCCGCGUUCCGCAACGUGAAGUCGAUCGCCGAGUGCCUGGCUGACGAGCUCAUCAACGCCGCCAAGGGCUCGUCUAACUCGUACGCCAUCAAGAAGAAGGAUGAGCUCGAGCGUGUCGCCAAGUCUAACCGGUAAUCGCCCUCUCCCGCUUGUCGGUCCUCCUGUGGCGGAUCCCAGGAUCGGUGGCCGGAACUGGGAGCUCUGUCGGCUGCUACAGUAUAUGGUCGCCCUCGCAUGUACUCAUAUGACCACUAUGUCGCACCCAUGCACAUUCACUCAAUAUGCUCGUCUAAGCUUGUCUUUGGAGUCGGCGUGUCUUCUCUGCAUUGCGUUCGGGGAAGGGAAAGAAGCUGCUUUCUGCGUUA